AUGGCGACGCAGACACUGCACGGCUCCUGUGCAUGCGGACGGAACCGCUAUGUAAUUGAGAUACCAGCGCAGCAAGUGCGCCAAGCUGAGCUGAGAUACGACAAUACUCCAGCAUCGCGAUACCAUGCUGCCAACCCUCUCACACUCUGGCUGCGCGUGCCCUUGCCAUGGUAUACGUCGGCUACAUUCGCCCAAUUCCCCGACGAGACACGACUGAGUAUCAAGCGCAACUUCGAAUCUCCCUUUGCGUCCCACACCCGCCGCCAGUUCUGCGGAUACUGCGGCACACAGUUGUCGUCGUGGAACGAGCGCACGCGCGAUGAGGCCGAGCACAUCUCCCUGACUGUCGGCAGCUUGUUGGACGAGGACCAGGAGCUGCUGGGCGACCUCGGCUUCAUCCCCAGCAGUGACAGUAGCGACGACGAGGGCAUGUCAUCCGCUGCCCCCUCCCGUCCAACUUCUUCGCGCACCGUCGUCCGCUCGGGUCCGCAGUCUCGCGGCGCUCCCUGGUUCGAGGAGAUUGUACGCAACACUCGCCUUGGACGCUUCAAGCAGCAGCGCGGUGCACACACGGACAGCGGCGUCCACGUCGAAUGGGAAGUCACGGAAUGGACCGAAGGCGACGGCCUCGAUCUCGACGACGAGGGCAGCGCCACACCCAGCAAGCGCAAGAUUGGCGACAUCGAUGACGCUGAAGACACGGAGAUGCGCACCGCGUAG